AUGAUACGGCGGCGCUCGCAAUAUUCCUUCUCGUCGGCGGCGACGGAUCCAGUGAGGUUGGUGAGUGCGAGUGCGGUGGUGAUAUUUAGCCGCCGGUCGUGCUUCCUUUGCCACGCCGUGAAGCAGCUGUUUCGGGGCAUGGGUGUGAAUUCAAUGGUUUACGAGCUUGAUGAGUUCCCGGAGCUGGAGAGGCUGCUGCUUGCGGGGAGUGCCGCCGUGCCGGUGGUGUUUGUCGGCGGCAAACUAGUCGGUGGAAUUGAAAGUGUUAUUGCCUCACAUAUUGGUGGAACCCUUGUUCCUCUACUCAAAGAGGCCGGUGCGCUUUGGCUUUGA